UUACAAUGUUUUUCAAAGAAGUUUCCUGACUGGAAAGAACGGAUGGAUCAACACGUGACAUUACUCCAAGAGAUCGCAAAUAAUAUUGACGAGUGUCACAAAGGUGCCACCAUUGCCAAUAUUACAGGGUCUUCUGUAGGUGUUGUUGGAGGGGCUCUAACGAUUGGAGGAUUAAUUGCUGCCCCUUUCACAUUGGGUACAUCAUUGGUACUCACGGGUGUGGGAGUUGGGGUGGGUGUAGCUGGUGGUGUCACUAACAUCGCAGCUAAUGCAGUAGAUUCUGUUUCACAAUCGAAUAAACAAAAAAGAGUUAAUGAAAUCAUGGAAGAGUAUAAAAGGGACAGUGAGGAAAUGGCAGAUUGCUUCAGUAAAUUCUGCAAUGCAGUUCAUUUCUAUGAGAAUUGCAGUGACGAAUUAGUAAAAGAUGCUUUCAUUGGUGUGACUGAGGUCUUUUCAAAAAGCACAGGUGUUAUUGCUACAGUGGCUGCAGCAAUGUCCAAACAGUCCUUAAGAACAUUCAAGGCGGUUUCUGGCGUUCUGUCAGGACUCUUUGUUGUGUGGGAUAUCUACUCUAUCACAGUGGAUUCCAUUGACCUUAGCAAAGGAGCUGAGACAGAAAUGGCUAAACAAAUACGAGCUGUGGCUCAAAAGAUAAAGGAUGAGGUAAAGAAGUAUGAAGAGGUUUAUGAAACUUUAAGUCAAACUGUAAAGCAAAACUAG